AUGGAGUAUCAACUCCACCGGAGUUUUUGCUUCUUUGGAGCUUCGUUCCUUAUUCUACCUUUGCUCCUCGAGCUUGCCGCCGCGACUAUUCCAUACACACCUUCCUCCAUAUUCCUCUCUCCACAACAUAACGACUCGCUGGCGUACAUUUUUCGACCGAGUAGCUCCAAUGGAAGAACAGAAUUCCUCUCUCUCAACGUCUCCUCUACAAUAUCGAGCAAUUCGUCCUUUCAUACCCUCCUUCCAGAAGCUCCCUUCCAGAAUGCCGAUCAGAUAUAUCCAUACCUCCCCGUCAUUGACGAUAACGGCACAAUAACGCUUUACACUGGGAUCUGCAAUACAUCGGUAGAUCGGCAGGAAAUAUGGCAAUUUCGGUCCCAAAACACCAGCUCCACUGGAAAUGGGACAUGGUCGCAAUUCUUGAUUGAAGGUGGUGGAGACAAGACUCGACCAAAUUACCUAUCCGCGGGGUUCACUUUUGCGUCGACAAACACCAGUAACACUUCCAUGUACUCGUUCGGUGGAAUGUGUCCACUAGCCAACAGCACGGAUCAAAACUGGGUAUCCGCUGCCAAUUACUCUCAGUCAAUGGUGGCGCUUGACCCAGCGUCUGGCUCAGUUUCGACAACAUACGAUGUAUCAACUACUGGAACUCGUGCGCCUCCGAUCCCAGAAGCUGGAAUGGCUAUUGUUCCGCUCUUGCCUACCUUCUCAAGAACUGAAGUUCAGCAGGACUUUCUGCUAAUUGGGGGACAUACACAGCAUGCCUUUCUUAACAUGUCUGAGCUUGCUGUGUUUUCUCUUCCACAGAAUAGCUGGAGCUUCAUUCAAGUCCAAUCCGAGGAGAAGACAAGAACGGAGCUAGCCAUCCGGGAUCAAUUCUGGAAAAUAUUUGUCAUCGGAGGAUGGGUAGGCGAUACAUCUGAGCCUGCUGAUCCUCAAAUCGCGGUUCUGGACAUUGGUGAAGGCUAUGGUGGCUCUGGAGACUGGACUUGGACUACCUCAUCCUCCUCUUCUAGUGACGUUGGCAUUGCUGAAGGAACGGGACUUUAUGGCCAUUCAGCCACAAUGCUCCCAGGUGGUGUCCUGAUGAUUGUUGGAGGAUAUACCAUUCCGAAGCAAUCAUCGAAGCGGUCAUCAUCAGAAACAAACUCCAAGGUUUAUCUGUACAAUUCAACCUCUGGUGACUGGGUGAAAUCAUACACCAACCCUUCAUCGAAAAAAUCCACGUCUACUACAUCCCAUGGUCAUCAUCUUUCGCCAGGACAAAAGAUCGGGCUUGGAAUUGGCUUAGGCCUAGGAAUCCCUCUCGCCAUAGUGCUGUUGAUCUGCGCUUGGAAAUACAAUAGAACGCGUCAAACGAGAGGCCUUAGAGAUUCGCAGCUUCGUGAACUGGCUCUUGGAGCCGAACGUGCCCAUUUCUGGGGUCGUGACGAUCCACUUCAAGCAAGUAGCAUUCGCAGCUCUCAAAUGAGUGAGAAGCUUGAUCCAGCGAUAGUUUAUCCCUGGGCCGGAAAUCGAAGUGUGACUGCAGGUCCUCCUUGGAAAGAUCAAGCCGAAGGAUCUGAGAACACUGGUCUUCUUGCAGAUGUACCCAGCCCUGUGAAAAACAAUCGCUCAGACAACCGCCCUCCUAGUAUCACCAAGUCAUACAGAAUGUCUGGGUACACAGAUUGGCGUCGCAGCGAUACUCCAAGUGAAUGUCAUCCCAUUGACGAGCGAGAAGAGGAUGAAGCAAUUUUCCGAGAACGUCUAAUGGCCACAAUUCCCAACGAAGAAUGGGCAAAGAUUCAAGACACGGACGAUGAUAUUUCAGAAGCAUCAUUUGCUACCCCUCGAAGCACCAUCUUCGGUGUGGGUCUUGGUCCUUUCUACACCAAGAGGAAGGACAUGGGGGCUUCAAAUCUUGAUGUUGCUGGACGUGUCUCACCAACAAGAAGCGACCGAACAUCGACCAAUCUCUCUGAGUCUUCCGCGUUCUCCUUCUCAUCUAAACCCACAGGCCAAAUCCCGCAAUCACGGGCUAUCUAUGUGGACAGACCACUGAGCUGGGUCAGUAGUGGAGACCAUUCAUUCGAAGGGAUGGCAGCAGGAUCAACACACAGCAGAGAAACAUCACAAAGUGAUGUAGAUGGUGCGACUGCACCAUCAGAGAAAUCAUUUUCCGCAGAUUCAUACUCGACUGCGCAAACAACCAUUGCAGAGCGACAAGCAGAAAAUACAUCUCUACUCUUCGAUGCAGACAGCCCUAUCGACACCUCCCUCUCCAAACUCCCUCCAUCUUCAAAACCAAGAACUUCCGACUGGAUGUUUCAGACCGUUCGCCGUGCUCUCACUCUCACCCGUCGAAGUCCUGUCGAGCAAGAAGAGCCCGAAACUGAGACAGCACAGCUUGCCUCUGGCAUUGACCUGGUGCUAGUGCCCCCCCGUCGUGCGGUCUCAGCCUCCGCAGAGCUCUUCCGUCGCAAACAAGGCGCGAAAGAUUGGAACGCUAAGAAGCGUCUAUCUGAUAAUUUCACCACGGCCCGCUCCACUCGCGAUGACCUUUUCCUCGGUGCACCUGGAUAUCUCGGUGACGACCAUACAGUUGAUGACGAGGACUGGGACGUCGAGGGUGCGGCUGAGGGUCGUAGUGUACAGGUCACGUACACAGUUCCUCGGGAAAAGUUACGAGUCGUGAAUGCUUCUGCUGCAGAUAAUCUUUCUGAACGCAGUGUUAGUCGAAAUGUCAGUGGAGGAACUGUUUCUCGACGGGUUAGCGGCUAG